GUUGUGUAUUCACGGACGUGAAGAACUUUGUGAACCCGUCUGUGCUACGGGACGCCAAGGAGGCUCGCUCUGAGGCGGCAAGCCGCAUCCGCGACAUCAUUUUUGAGAAGUGCAUGCGUAGACGUGCUUGGUGCGUCCGCCACGGGCGUCUGUGCGGGGUCCGCCGGGCGCACAUUCACGUCGCUGGGACCCCCUGCGUCGAUCAUAGCCAGUUUGGGUUGCGGCGCGGCGCGGAUGGCCCGACGAACAUCGACCUCUACAGCUGGAUGGGGCAGCGGCGGCAACUCCAGGAGCCAAUCGUGAUUGCAGAGUGCGUCGCGCAGUUCGGCCUCACCAGCCUCGACGAGGGCAUCGGGGACAUCUACGCGCUUGAGCGCAUGGAGAUCGACCCCGUCGAGCUUGGGUGGCCCGCCCGCAGGCCUCGGCAGUUCAUCGUCGGGAUCCUGCGCGACAACUUCCCCGUGGUGCCUGUGCUUCCAGCGCCCUGCGACACGAUGAGUGGCAUCGUUGCGAACCUGCUGGCCCGGCCUUGCGGCAUCACGCAGGACGCGUUCCUGAUUUCCACGCAGGAGGAGCGCGAUGCUGAGCUCGAGUGGGCACGCAAGCGGCCAUCGGCUUUGGAGCGGCGCGACCCUGCGGUGCUGUCCGAGCUCGACGUCGUCCAGCGCACCGAGUGCAAACGGUACAACAGAGUAGACCAGCCAGGGACAUUCGCUGCGGCCCUGAGCUUCAAUGAGCGCAGCCGCCUGAAUGCCUGGAGGUGGCUGACGACAUUGGAGCUGUUCACGGCCAUGGGCUUCCCCAUCGAUGACGCGUCGGUCACUGCAUCAGGGGCGUGCUGCUGCUUCAGCAGGUGCUACGAUCCCCCUGAGGCGAGGACCCGCGCGUCCGCUGUCUGCCAGAACGGCAACGCGAUGCACGUGAACGCCAUCGGCGCAGCAUCCUUGGCCUCUCUGCUGUUUUGGCCCGGGAUCCUGGCCAUCGACCCCGACAUCCAGCCCGGCACUGACAGGCUGACUGACAGGGUCGGCGUUGUCACCGCCAUCGGCGACAUCGCCGACGUCGGCGACCCGCCGCUCGAUGGCCCCGCCGUGCCCGAGGGUUCUGUGGCCGCCACGAG